UUGUAUUGUGUAGCUUUCAUUAAAACACCACCAGAAUGAAAAUUACACAGGAGAUGGAAAGAUUAAAAAAACGUUUUAGUUUACUCGAAAACCAGAAUGUCCAAUUUAAAAACCUGUUAGAUUCUGCAAUUGAAGUAACCAAGCAGUCAGUACCUAGAGCUGAAAUUCAUAAAGACGAAACAACAUUUUUAAACGAAACUAUUCGACUGAUAGAAGCUGAAAAGGCGAAAUUACAAUAUGAUCUUGUCGACUUAAAACAGUAUGAAAGGGAAGAUAUAACGAGUAAUAUAAAAGCUUUAGAAAAAGAAAAUGCAGAUAUGAGAGAGGUAAUCAAAUCGCUCUCUAAAGAGUUCCAAAAUGCUCUUAAGGACAUUCAACAACUCAAACUGGAACAUAGUGAGUUUAAGUUUUUAUUAACCCAACCAGAGUCUAACGCGAAUUGGCUAAAAACUAUUCUUCAACUAGACAAUUCUCUACUCGAAAACGCUAAUAUACCUUUAAUGGAACAACGAUAUGGUUUGCAGCAAAAAAUUUACAAACUAGAAAAAAAGAAAACAGAGCUGCUGAACGUCAUUGAUGAUAUUUCGUCACCAACUAACAGCAAAGACCUCCCUGCUGAAAAAUCAGUGGUUGUUGAUACUCUGUAUGAACAUAUAAACGACGAGUCUAAAAAAGAAUACGAAGAUCUAUAUAUAAAAGUUUUAGACCUAGAACAAGAACGCUCAACGCUUUUAAGCCAACUGCAGCUAGUGCUUGAAAGUUCAAGGAAAGAAAUAGCUGGUGAAUAUGUCCAGUUGCAAAAGAAGAUACGCGAAAUCGAAAUAGAAAAGGGAGGUUUAAAGUUUAAGUUAAAGAUCAUCGGACCUUCCAAAGAUACCCCAGAAACCAGUGAAGAUGUUUUAAAUCAGGUAGAAGAUACAAUAGAUAAGGAGAAGAAAAGCGAAAAUGAAGCUGUAGAAAACAUACUAAACGCUUUUACAAAUUCCGAAUCACAAGUAAAUAUGUAUCGGGGUUUGGGAAAAGGUAAAUCCAAAGGUGUUACUAGGAAAGUUAGUGAUACUUGUAUCAUAGCAUAAGAAAAAAUUAUUAGUAAAUAUAUUAAAAAAUUGCAAUAUUUUAAAU